AGCAUACGCAACGCAUCAACGCGUACGUCCAGUCAGAAUGAUUCUAGUCAAUCAUGCAAUUUUCAUCGCUGGUAUGCUGAUGCUACGGUUUCAUCAUCAGUCUUCGAUUUUGUUUUUCUUGGCAUUGGCACUCUUAUCAGUGGGCAUUUCAGCAGAAAAUUAUAUGGACGAGUUUCUCAUUGAUGAAUCGGCAGUUAAUCGAUCAGAACAGGUUACAGAUCAAUCAACAGUUACUCAAUCAGAACAGGUUGCAGGUCAACCGACAGUUAAUCAAUCGGAACAAGUUACAGAUCAACCAGCAGUUAAUCAAUCGAAACUGGUUAUAGAUGCUUGGUGGUUUAUAGCAGGAUUAGCAGGGGCCCUUAUGGGCGGGCUGCUGAUAUCAAGUUAUUCAACAAGUGCACAGCUCUUUAUUUCAGCAAUUUUGGUGGGAAUUGGUUGCAUAUCAGUCUAUUAUUAUAGCAAACGUUAUGAGGUAUCUUCAGGAGAUCAUGAAGGGGAAAAGCAUGAAUUAAGGCCGCUUCUGAAGUUACUCCCUCUGUGGGCACCUUUCCUUAUAUUUUAUGUUGUUGAUGCGGCAGGUAGCGUCUUCUUUGAUUAUGAAGCUUAUUUGUAUAUAAUACAGAAAUUUUCUGGAAUCAUAGUGUCGCGUUUAAUUGAUUAUGUAAUCAUAAAGUUUUGUAGCAAGGUAAACCAACAAGUACAACAGCGCAUUAGGCUAGCGAAGAUUAUUUUUGGGAUGUUGGUUUGUUUUUUGCUCUGCAUUGACGCUUGGCAUGUUCAGGCUAAAAGAAAAUCAGAAGGCUCAUUUACCUUCACUCUACAGUUUAUCUUGUUAGGAAUUAUGAACGAAAUGGUUAAAGAAAAGUUGGGAGAAUACUUCUGUGACCAAGUACCAGAUCAAUCCAUGCAUCAUUUGGAAUUCACAUUCAAUGGCUUUGUGGAAGGAAUGGGACGAUUGUUAGCUGUGGUAUGUAUUCUAGUUUCUAGAAAUUGGAUUGAUGAGAAGAUCGAAAAGAGAGGGAAGGUUACAUGGAUCAAAAAUAGCCAAUUAGACAAAUGCUUUCGAACAUUGGCAUUUAUGAGCUUAUGUGCCUUAUUUAUGUUCGUAUAUCUAUCCAAUACCUGUUAUUAUCAGAAAAAAACUGAGGAUCAUGAUGACAAUCUUGAGAAGUUGGAAGUGGGUAGUGUCAGCCUCAACAAUAGCCGCCCUUUGGAAUCUCAAUCUUCCUCUCUAUCCUCAUCAUCAAUAUUACAAUCCACUGCUUACUUCCCAGAAGCAGCAAUACUCCCAGCAAUACUCCCAAACUUGGAGAGUGCAGGAUCCUCUGUUAAUAGAGACUACUGGUCAAUUGUAAAAAGGUACCAAAUAUGCCAUCGCUUUUUAAGGUACAUCAAGGAACGCCGAGGGGCGAAAGAAAAGUCUAGUUGACAACCAUUGCUUCACAAACUUGUUCUAAACUACUGUGAGUGGUUUCACUUUUGAUGACAGUGAUCUGUUAUUUUUAUGUUCUCAUUUUAUGAUGCUUUGUAAGUGUUUAUGGCUAGUUAUGUCAUGGAUGUGCUUAAUUAUUAAGAUCCAUCGUAAUUAAUUCUUGUCUGAUAU